CGGAGGGGACUUGGGCCGGCGCUGUCCCGGGGCUGUCCCGGGGCUGUCCCGGUUGGCCUGGCUGGCCCCGCACUAUCCCCGGCGCGUUGUAGAUGUCGCUGUUGUCCGCGGUUGCGCGACCGGCCGGCCGGGCCCGGGGACCACGUGACCCGCGAGGAGGCAGCGGCUCAAGGCCAUUUUCAAAUCUCAUUGGCUUGGUUGUCAUGUGGUCGAGCAGAGGCAUCCACAAUUACACAGGGAAUGUUUUCCUAGAGAUGUCAGCCUACAAAGGACACAAUCUCUCUUCUUCAAAUUCCUCCCCAAAAUGUCGUUUCCCAACAGCUCUCCUGCUGCUAAUACUUUUUUAGUAGAUUCCUUGAUCAGUGCCUGUAGGAGUGACAGUUUUUAUUCUAGCAGCGCCAGCAUGUAUAUGCCAACACCUAACACAGACAUGGGGACUUAUGGAAUGCAAACCUGUGGACUGCUACCGUCUCUGGCUAAAAGAGAAGUUAAUCACCAAAAUAUGGGUAUGAAUGUACAUCCUUAUAUACCUCAAGUAGACAGUUGGACAGAUGCGAACAGGUCCUGCCGAAUAGAGCAACCUGUUACACAGCAAGUACCCACUUGCUCCUUCACCACCAACAUUAAGGAAGAAACCAAUUGCUGCAUGUAUUCCGAUAAGCGAACCAAACUCGUUCCUUCCGACGUCCCUUCCUACCAGAGGUUGGUCUCUGAAUCAUGCCCCAUUGAAAAUCCCGAGGUUCCCGUCCCCGGAUAUUUCAGACUGAGCCAGACCUACGCAGCUGGGAGAACCCCAGAGUGCAAUAACAGUCCUGAAACGAGUUCAACUGUAAUGUUACAGUUAAACCCUCGCGGCACUGCCAAACCGCAGCUGUCUGCUGCCCAACUUCAGCUGGAAAAGAAAAUGAAUGAAAACGCGAACAACCAAGACACGGCUAAAGUCUCUCGAGGGGAAAGUCCAGAACCCAAGUCCACUUUGCAAGAGGAGAGGAGCUGCCUGGCCGAAGGAUCCGUGUCCAGCCCAGAAGUGCAGGAGAAGGAGAGUAAAGAGGAAAUCAAGUCCGAUACUCCAACCAGCAAUUGGUUAACUGCAAAGAGUGGCAGAAAGAAGAGGUGUCCUUAUACUAAGCAUCAAACACUGGAAUUAGAAAAAGAAUUCUUAUUCAAUAUGUACCUCACUCGCGAGCGCCGCCUAGAGAUCAGUAAGAGUGUAAACCUCACUGACAGGCAGGUCAAGAUUUGGUUUCAAAACCGCAGAAUGAAGCUUAAGAAGAUGAGCAGGGAGAACCGAAUCCGAGAACUGACCGCUAAUCUGACCUUCUCUUAAACCGUAAAGCGGGGGAGGAAACAGUGAAAAUAUUCGGCACAACGUUACCGGGUGCUAAAUGCAGGAGAGACUGAAAACAAACUAAAAAAACCUUCAUUUUUCUUUUGAUUUUCCUGAUAGAAUGUGACUUUGGGGUCAUUCUUUUAGUGCUGCAAGUGAAUCUGUAUUCCUAUGAGUAUAUAUAUACAUAUAUAUUAUAUAUAUAUAAACUUAGCACGUGUAAUUUAUUUUUUUCUCAUCGUAAUGCAGGGUACCUAUUAUUGCGCAUUAUCAUCUGGUCUUAACUUAUUGGGACUGUCGAACAUCCAAGCAAUGUGAUUUUUUUCAUGUUUUUACUAACAAAAAUGGUCUGAACGUGGGGCUCACAUGGGCCGUGACAUUUUGAAUACAUUCAAUACUGAAAAAUUAAAAAAAAAAACACAAAACCACCCAACCUUUGGAAAAAAGCACAUUACAAUGUAACUAUCCUCGCCAAUGAACUUAGAGAUUGUCCUUCGUAAAAUGGAAUAUUGACUACUUAUCCGUUGUAGACAUUUUCUUGUGGUGCAUAUGUGGUAUCGUAGAAGUCCAAACAGCAAUAUGUCUUUUUUGUGCAUGUUCUAUUCGCAUGUAUAAUGCAAUAAACUCUGUAAACGA